UCGUGAAAGGUUUUACAGUGUGAUGGAAAAGUGGCAAGGAAAAGUAGCUUUAGUUACGGGAGCCAGUUCCGGCAUCGGACAGGAUGUCGCCCUUGCUUGCGCCAACAGUGGCUUGAUCGUUGUUGGGAUUGCUCGUCGGGCGGAACUAAUAGCGCUGCUAUCGACUAAGGUGGUGGGUUCAGGGAAAAUCUAUGCCAAAAAGUGUGACGUUAGCAGUGAGCCCGAAAUCAUGGAAACCUUGGGAUGGAUUCGUCGUGAGUUUGGAGGAAUCGAUGUACUGAUAAAUAAUGCAGGCAUAUUCCGGUACAGCUUCAUUACGCAGAGUGAAACGGCCGAUUUUCGCGACACCUUCAACGUGAACCUUCUGGCUACGUGCAUUUUCGUGCGUGAAGCGAUCAAGGAUAUGAAAGAAAGGCAAACGAGCGGUCACAUUGUUUUGGUAAACAGCAUUCUAGGCCAUCGGGUACCGGACGUAUCUGUGCCGCUUUUUGGCGUCUAUCCGGCAUCAAAGUACGGAUUGGUCGGUCUGGCCGAAGUGUUGCGCCAAGAGCUCAACUUCUUCAAAUUGCCCAUUAAAGUGACGAGUGUUCACCCAGGCAUGGUUGAGACGGAUAUGAUUAAGGUUUUUGAUUCGCAAUUAGCGGAACGUCUGCCGAAGCUGCAAGUUGAGGACGUCACUUCAAGCAUUAUGUACAGUCUGCAAACGCCUCCAGAUGUUAGAAUCGACGAAAUAACCGUGACAUCGAAACUGUCGAAAGCCGAUCAGAAUGAGAGAAAAUAAUCAGUUCUCCAUGUCAAAUGACAUUUUUUGCCUUCAUUCGUUAUCCGUUCUAAUCCUGUGCGCUUGCAAUAAAUGCGCCACCUUCCUGGAAUUCAGCCAUCAAACAUAAACUGCCACCGUUUUGUUGCACUAAGCUGGAACAGGGUCAAUGUGGAUUCCGGUGCAACUAAUUAGGAGCAAUAAAUUAAGCGUCAAUAGAACGGAUAAAACCGUUUUCGUGUGGUAGAUGAAUCAGCAGAGAGAAGUGCACACUAAUUUAUGCUCGUUUAGCCGAUUUGUGCAAAGGUGAAAGGGCAAUUCACUUCUAUGUUUGUGCAUCAUUUAUUGGGCGUGUACUUCGUCUUAGAAGAAGGCAAAUUGCAAUGAAAGAAAAAUGCUCCGAAUGUUUCUUGCGAAUUGUGCAGAAAAAAAAGUCAGUUCGAAAAAAAUGUGUGAC